UUGUCUGCGUGUGCCCCGACGGAAGGACUGUUUUUCCCAUGCGGAACCAUUCAACGAUGUGGUAACGGCGCGAAUACGGACGUGUUUCCAGGUGCACUUGUUUGGAGACGCCACGUUUGAAAUGGCUGUUACUCUUCAUACGGAUCUGGGAGACAUUAAAAUCGAGUUAUUCUGUGAGCGCUCGCCAAAAUCAUGUGAGAACUUUCUUGCCUUGUGUGCCAGUGGGUUCUACAGUGGUUCCCCAUUCCACAGAAACAUUAAAGGCUUCAUGGUUCAAACUGGAGAUCCUACAGGCACUGGAAAAGGAGGAACGAGUAUAUGGGGUCGCAAAUUUGAGGAUGAAUUCAGUGAGCACUUAAAACACAACGUGAGGGGAGUGGUCUCAAUGGCCAAUAAUGGCCCCAACACAAAUGGCUCGCAGUUCUUCUUUACAUAUGCUAAACAGCCACAUUUGGACAUGAAGUACACAGUGUUUGGAAAGAUUAUUGAUGGCCUGGAAACGCUGGACGAACUGGAGAAAUUGCCUGUCAAUGAAAAGACGUUUCGACCACUUACUGAAACCCGAAUAAAAGAUGUGACCAUUCAUGCUAACCCUUUUGCUGGGUAGAAAAUACAGACUUUCCUUGUUACAGUUUGUGGGACCUUGCCAGACUUAAAAUGUAUAAUGACCUCUGCCAAGGAGGUUAUAUUUUCUGCUGUAUUCAUCUUGGUUUUUUAUCUGUUUGUGAGCAGCUCUGCUCAAAAUGUAAGAGAUGGCUUUUAAUGAAAUUUUCUGGGAUGUUGGUCAUAGGCCAGUGAAAGAAAAGUAACAUUAGAUUUUGGUUUUGACAUUGAUCCAGAUUUGGGAUUUUCUUUAAAAACAAUUUUCUGUUUAUGCUGUAAAUUGGAGAGAAAGCCCUCUGACUCAUAAGAAUGACAGCAUGUCAAAUGUUUUGUUGAUUAAUCUGAUCAUUUAAGUAUAUUAAUGUCAAUAUGAGUGAAAAACACUGAUUUCUUGAAUAAACAAAUGUAGAUCAUGUAUGUCAUGUUUUUGGCAAUGCUCAGACCUAUUCAAUGCAUUUGCUUGCACUGUAAUUGUUUAGCUUUUAUAGGUGUCUGUAAAUUGCCUGUGUUUUGUACUGAAUAAAGCUUUCAUAUAAGUCUUUUUA